UUAGUAAACCGGUUUGGGAAAUAAACAUCAACCUGCCAAAUGGAGCUGUUAGGUUAGGCAUGUUUACUUCCCAAACCGGUUUGUACAUGCAUUCAUGCAUUUCUUCUCUGCUCCGCUAUAUACUAAACUAUCGAGUACGUUCGAGAUACCAAACAAAAUAUACAUCGCUGAAAAGCUUCACAUCUCGGUGGUCAGAUAUUCCAAGAGAGUAGCCGGAAUUAUGGCCCUGAAGAUAAAUUUCACUUCGUUGAAGAACUUUGUCUUCUACUAUAUAUCGUUUCGUCUGUUGACGGAGGGUAUUGAAGAAUUUCUCAUCCAGCCAACUGCUUGGUAUUAUAUCAACUUUCUGGGAGAAUCAAAUGUGUUUCUUGGAUUAACUUUGGCUGGUUAUUCCGCGGGUGCUUUAUUGUUCGCGCCGGUUGUUGGUGUUCUGGAGGUGAAAUUUGAUGUUUCGAAAAUACUAACCGUCAUGUGUGCUGCUGUGAGGUUCGUCGGUAAUUUAUUAUAUUCAAUUCCAAUCAAUGGAUAUUUUCCAAUGGUUGGAAGGUUUAUAUGUGGUCUGGGCGCUAGUACAGAAGGAAUAUUGUUCGGGGUUAUAACUAAAGGUACUACCAGUAGAAAUCGUGCAAAAGCAUUUCUAUAUCUCGAAGGUCUCUACUGCCUUGGUACCACAUGUGGACCUAUACUUGGUAGCGUUCUAACAUUCAAAAUGGACAUAUUUGGUUGGAAAAUUAACGCAGGAAACUCACCAGGAGUCGUUCUGAUGCUUAUUUGGUUUACCUUACUAAUGUGCGCACUCUUUUUACCAAACGACCUCGCGGAAAACACAGGUGAUGGAGAGAGGUCAAUUAUUGACAGCGACAAUUCCUCCCCAUCAUCAAAAACAACCGCAGAACAUGAUAACGGACCUCCUUCUUCGUCGUCGAUGAUUCGUGAAGAAAACUCAGCUGGGGGACUGGGAACAGCAUUGUUAGAUGACGACAGCGACGAUGGUAUUAGCUUAUCAAAAUCACUCGCUUGGCAUGGUUGUCCUCCAUCGUCCAUGGUAUUUUGCAUGUAUUACCUGAUCUGUCUGUCAUACUUCGUCUACAUGGUUAUCUCAUUUUACGUCCCUCUACUGGCCAAAUAUAAUCUUGGAUUGAAACUUAUCCACGUGAAGUUAAUUUACCUCAACAGUUCUCUGUUUUCCUUCGUGUUGUUUCUUGCCACCCCACUCAUUUUGGAAAACGUCUGCGAAACAACUUUUCUCCUGCCCAUCCAACAUUGCUUCUUUUAG